AUGAUCAUCCCCUUCUUAUUGUUUCUUAAAACUAGCAAUGCAUAUUCAAAUCCUCAUUGUUCACCUUCUUCUUGUGAUAAUAUCAUCACCAUAACCAGUCCUUUCCGACUUAAUACCGAUCCAGAAGAGUGUGGUUACCCAGUUUAUGAGCUUUCUUGCGAGAACAAUCUUACUUUGUUAUACUGGAACUCUGUCAAGUACUUCGUGCGUUCAAUCAAUUAUGCCAAUUACACAAUUCGAAUUGUGGACUCCAACCUUAACAAAACCAAUUGCUCCUCUCUCCCAAAUAACUAUCAGGGAGAAGAUUCGUACAAUGGUUUCCUUGUUUACGGUCGCUGGAAAAUUCCAACAAAGACUAUAGUAUUCUUGAAAUGUGCAAAUCCUGUAAAUUCCUCUGAUUAUAUAGACACCGCUCACUGCAAUAUUGGUGCUACUUUAGCCUCCCAACAUUCCAAAACCAAAACAACUGCUGAUCAUGUUUCUUCAUCUUCUUAUUAUUAUUAUGUGGUCGAUGGUAUGUUUCACGUUUCUGAUUUGGCGAGCUCGUGCCGCCCGGUGCUAAGGACCUUGGUAUCGAAUCAGACAGUUGUGAACGGAAGGAAUACUUCUUUUGUGGAUAUUCACAACCAGCUUACAGAUGGCUUUGAGAUUUCAUGGUUGAUAUCAUUCUUCAAAAAUGGAAAUAAUGAAUGCUACAUCGAUUAUUCCAACGAGAUGCGAUGUUUAGGGAUUUUCACUUUCAUAUACCUUUUAAUGGAUGCGCCUUGUACGUAUUAA